CAAAAGGGGGGAGGGGCUGCCAUUGUUUCCUAGCCUACUAGCUAGUGGUGUGCAAGUGGUGUGGAAGACUUGUGUUAGCUGUGAGAGGGUUAAGAUGGAUAAUGCAGAUCUUGGAAAGCUCAAGUUAGCUCCUGGCAAGCUGGCUCCAAAGUUCAAGGCAGGAGUCACAGAAUACAGUGUGAUAGUGGCCAGCACUAUAGCUGAGGUGAAGCUCUCCCCACUGACUAGUGACUCAGGAGCUUCCUAUGUCAUCAAAGGAGCAGUGGAGAAGAUUGUCCAGCUCACAGAGGGGCAGACACACACUGUAGAGAUCCUUGUAACUGCUGAGGAUGGUAAGGCCACCAAGACCUAUACUCUGCUCAUACGAAGACUGAGUGCUGAUGAUGCUAGCUUAUCUCAACUGGAGCUAUCAGCUGGAGCCCUCAAACCAGCCUUCAGCCCAUUGUUGACUGACUAUGAGUGCUACCUUCCCUCCAGCAUUGAUAGCAUCUCUAUACGUGCCAAGACUGAGGAUGAAGCUAUGAGACUGUCCAUGAGUGAUGGGUCUCCUCUACGCACCACACUACCUCUCAAUGCAGGCAGGACCCUACUGCAACUAUCAGUGGCCUCUGUUAGUGGCAACACUUCCACUCUCUACUCUGUCAAAGUAGUUAAGAAUAGACUGCCCGUUACGCUGCAACUCAAAAGCAGCUCUGACAAGUAUGAAUGUGCUGUGUGCUGUGCGGUGGUGGCAUGUCCCUCACGAAUCAAAGAUGGCCCAUACGUCUAUUGUCACACUUGUCUGGAGGAACUCACUCGCACUAAUAAGAUGGAUCCAUUCACUGGGAAGAAGUUGGGAGAGGAGCAAUGGUUCAUUGAGGACAUCCAACUUGACAAUGCACUCACAAAGGAGAUGGGUGUGUGUCCACUAUCCUCUGGCAAAGUGGAGGCUAGUCUGGGGACUAUUGGAGCAAGGCUCUUGUCCGAGAGAAUGAAGGGAGCACAGACUGAAGAGGCUACCACUGGGUGUCCUGACUGCAGUAAGAAGGUACCCACUGAGACCAUGGCGGUACACAAGGAGAAGCUAUGCUCUGCCAAGCACACACACAAAAUCCCCAAACAAGAGAUAAAGAUGAAGCCAUGGGAGAAGAGUUUAGUGGACGAUUCCCUUGGGGCUGAUGUCAAGUCACUGCUGAGGAAAGCAGAGGAACUGGAGUUACAAUACCUUCAGUCACUACCCAAGCCAGGGCGUACCCAGCAUUGGCCUGAGGGUAGUGGUCCACUGGACUAUCUCCUGGGGGCUGCCAGAUGUUAUGCCAGUGCCCUCAAGAGCUCACCAAGGGAGACCAAGGCUCAUCUAGGACUAGGCCUAGUAAUGGAGGAGCUCUUCCUAGCACAGGAUCUCUAUGGACUUAAGAGAGACGAGUCUGGUUUGCCUGAUGAGGGAGAGGCUGAGCGUUCAUCAAAGGAGGAAGAGUUCCUAGCUAUCUGUGGUCUCCACGGAGUGUCCCUCUCCUCUCCCCUCCCCCUGCAACUCAAGGCACUAGAGGCAGAGUAUCAUUCACUCAAGGAAGCUGGCCAGACACACAAGGCAGAGCAUGUACAGUCACUGCACGCAUGGAAGUCCAAGAAAAUACUGGAGGAGAGUGCUGGUUCCUACUCUGUGGACAGUGAGAGUCCACUAUACAGAGCCAAGGUCAAGCUACAAGAUGCUGUCAGUAGUGAUACCUCCAACCCUCUCUCCUGCUAUCAUCUGGGUCGCCUGUGUCUGCUACUAGGGGAGAGUGAAGUGGCUAUUACUCUCCUCAUGUCUGCCUUGUCCCUCAAGCCCACUCACUCGGAGAGCCGCUAUUGCUUGGGUCUAGCCCUCAGUACUAGCAACCACUCUAAGCAACUACUACUACAUGGACUAUCAGAGUACCUGCGUCAAGGUCAAGAGGUCAACGAGAGCCAACCCAAUCCAUCCAGACUGACUCUCAAGGAACUGAAUGCAAAGACACUCUAUCGUGCAAGCAACCCCCUCAUAAUGGAAGGAUUCCUGAGUCUUGCUAGGUUAGGUGGUGGUGGUCAUCUAAGCACCACCCACUGUCUGCUAGCUGUGACUCCUUGUGUAGCAUUAGCCUCCCUGCAAUGUAGAGGCUCUACCUUUGAGAAGCUCCUCUGGGCUAGUCUACAAGCACGCUCUGAUCUACUCACUCGUCUACACAGUGAGGGGGCGGAGAGUGUACUACGUCAUUGCCAGCAGCUCUCUGGACUGGUAUCCUCAACUAGUAGUCUCUCCAACACACCACAAGUCAGGGACUUACAGAUGAAGGUGUUUGAGUUAGGAGUGGUGCUACAGCCAAGUAGUAGUGAAGCUCUCUGUUACCUUGGCAACGGACAACUAACGCAAUACGAUACUACGAAUGAUGCUAUUUGGUUGGACGAAGCGGAGAUCAGUUUCCGAGCCAGUAUAGCAAUGGAGGGAAAGACCAUAUCCCCCACCCACGUUCCUGAUGACCUGAAGAGUUCACAAUGGUGGAAGAAGAUGCAGAAGACCACACCCACUACACAGAAGACCACACCCAUUGCACAGAAGACCACAUCCGCUCAAAUUAAACCACCUACGAAGCAAGCAGCAGCUGUUCAGAGGAAACCUGUUACCAAGGCAACAUCAGCCAAGACCACUGUACGAGGAGCUCCUGUUGCUAGGAAACCAGUAACUGGAUCGAAGACAACUCAAGCAAAGGCCGUCAGCAAGACAACCCCCAAUAAACCAUUACCAGCAUCAGUGGGCGGCACACGAGCCACCCCCUCACCAGCCACCCCCACACCAUCCACCCCCUCACCAGCCACCCCCACACCAUCCACCCCCUCACCAGCCACUGUAGGAACCCCUCCUCAGAGUGGAGUGGUGAACAAGCGAUCUCAUGUCCCCAGACUGGGUUUAGCACGAACACUAUCCAAGUCCUCCCAUGAAGACAAGCGCAAGGAGGCACAGAGUUUGUAUAGAGAGGUGAUGACAAUGGCCCCUCAUACACACGAUGCUUAUAUAGAGCUGGGUGAGAUGUUGGUCAAGACAAGACCUCUGGAUGCAGUACAUGUGUACAGUCAGUAUCCAUUCUCACAACCUCCAACAUUCGAUGAUGCGUAUCUACAUGGUGAAGUAUCACGACUGCUAAUGUCAGCUGAGGCUUAUGAUGAUCCACGCCUUGUCUCUAGCAUGGUGGCCAUGGGACAAGCUCUGGGGAUCGGGGUGUUGGAGAAGCAAGUAGCAGUACUAGAGAAUAAGUUCAAGUCAGCUCUCCUCAAGAAGAUAUACGCUGGUGUCCACAGGAAGCCAUUGAAUGACCCUGAUCUACAAGCAUUCUUUAAGUUCAAGUGCUGGCUAUAAACAUGUACACUAGCUGUGCUGUACAAGUAAGUACUGACUGUUUAGUCUUUAGGUAACGUACAUGUACACUAGCUGUGCUGUACAAGUAAGUACUGACUGUUUAGUCUUUAGGUAACGUACAUGUACACUAGCUGUGCUGUACAAGUAAGUACUGACUGUUUAGUCUUUAGGUAAUGUACAUGUACACUAGCUGUGUUUAUAGGUAGUAGCAAUUUUGUAGUUUCUUAGUAUAUAGUACGUAUGUUCACAUGACUAAUUAUUUGUGCAAAAUAUUCUUCCAAUAAAGUUUAUAUAAUUAUA